AUGGCUACAGAAAUCCUGAGAAACUUACAGGAAGACGUAACCUGCCCCAUUUGCCUGGGACUCCUGAGAGAACCAUUGAGCCUGGAAUGUGGCCACAGCUUCUGCCAACUUUGCAUCACUGCAAACAGCCAGAAGUCAAGUCAAGCAGGGAAGAACAGCUGUCCUGUAUGCAGAACCAUUUAUGAUCCUGGGAACAUGAGGCCUAAUUGGCAUCUGACCAAUUUAGUAGAGAGGCUCAGAGGAGUCAAUUUAAGCCAAGAGGAGGAAGAAAAGAAAGAUCUCUGUGCACGCCAUGGAGAGAAGUUGCUGCUCUUCUGUAAGGAGGACUGGAUGCCUAUUUGCUGGCUGUGUGAACGGUCUCAGGAACACCGUGGUCACCACACUGUCCUCACUGAGGAGGCCGCCAAGGAAUGCAAGGAAAAGCUCCUGGCAUCUCUGGAGCAACUGAGAAAGAAGCAGCAGGAAGCCGAACAAUUUGAAACUGCUCUCAGAGAACACAGAACUUCUUGGCAGAAUCAAAUAGAAAAGGAGAUUCAAAGUGUCCAGAAGACAUUUAAAGAAAUAAGAGAUAUGAUGGAUUUGGAGGAACAAAAGGAGCUGCAAAAGCUGAGGGAAGAAGAGAAAACAAUUCUCCAUGACCUGGCAGAGUCUGAGAAGGAGCUGGUUCAACAGAGUGAGUUUACAAGAGGUCUCAUCUCGAAUCUGGAGCACAAACUACAGGCAUCAACAAGAGAGAUGUUGCACAAUGUGAAUGAUGUCAUAAAAAGGAGUGUGAAGUUGACUCUGAAAAGGCCAAAAACUUUCUCCCUGGAAGGUCGCAAAGUAUUUCAAGCUACUGAUCUGAGUGGGACACUGAAAGCAUUUUAUGAACAAAGUAAAAUCUGUCCUAGUUCGGCCGUGCAGACGUCAUCCCCGCUGCUCCGGCUCCCUGUCAUGGUCAACCCCAUCGUGUUCUUUGACAUCGCCGCCGAUGGCAAACCACUGGGCCGCGUGACCUUCGAGCUGUUUGCAGACAAAGUCCCGAAGACUGCGGAGAACUUCCGCGCGCUGAGUACCGGCGAGAAGGGCUUUGGUUACAAGGGCUCCUGCUUCCACCACAUCAUCCCCGGCUUCAUGUGCCAGGGUGGGGACUUCACUCACCACAACGGCAUCCGUGGCAUGUCCAUCUACGGAGAGAAGUUUAACGAUGAGAAUUUCAUCCUGAAGCACACGGGGCCUGGCAUCCUGUCCAUGGCCAAUGCUGGACCCAACACCAAUGGUUCCCAGUUCUUCAUCUGCACUGCCAAGACUGAUUGGUUGGACGGCAAGCAUGUGGUGUUCGGCAAGGUGAAGGAGGGCAUGAAUAUUGUGGAGGCUAUGGAGCGCUUUGGGUCCAGGAACGGCAAGACCAGCAAGAAGAUCACAAUUUCCAACUGUGGACAAGUCUAAAGGCUCUCAUUCUCUCAACCACCAGACCAUUCCUUCCUUUUGCAGCUCUGGAGAACACCCUGUCCCCCACAU